AUGCACAAGUUAAGGCGAGCAAGGGUUUGUGGACAGGAGUUCCAGAUAAACGAUUUCAAUGUGACAAACACCAGAUGGAUAAAUCUCGCUGGAGGUAUCGAUCAUGACGGGACCUGCACUGGAGGUUCCUUCAACAAUAGAUUCGGAAACUACGCUAAUGUGGUUGCCUAUGGACAAGUCUCGAUGCUCUUUUCUACCGGAACGGCACUAAGAUUGAUGCAAAAAGAUAACAUCCGGCUUGCCAGCGGGAUAACAUGCUCCCUGGAUUCGUUAGAUUGCAUCGAUCCCACCUAUGGAUACAUUUUUUGGAACCAAAUGGACAUUUAUCCAUGUUCCGACGAUUCAUAUCAUGUCGCAUUUCAAGACCCUGCCACGAAAGUUAUGACCGCCUUAGGUAAGACGCGUGAUGGCGAGGUCAAAUACAGCACCAUGUUCAGCGUGAAGGAACCCGAACAAAUGUUCACUCUCACAACUACAGGUGAAAAGGAAGUGUGCAGAUAUCAUAUGUAUCAAACCGAACAUCCCCAGUAUUUGAUAGUUGAGGUCAAAGAAAACGUCUACCCGUUCCGCAAAUUGGACAUCCCUACCAAUGAAUUAGAUCUAUUUAUGUAUGUUAACGCGAAAAUCAUUCAUGUGACUAGAGGAAUUGAUCGUAGCCUGAGAAGCAUAUAUAGAGCGCUUUCGACUGACAUUUGCUUCACUGCGGUUGCGGCCGGUGAAGUGAUUCACAUAAUCAAAUGCAUACCAGUUCCCGUCAGCCCAAGGAGAGACGAUGAUUACACCGUUGAACAUCCGGUUUCGUACGCUAACCAGAACUACUAUUUAUCCCCUCGCUCCCACAUACUACAGAAAACAGCGACUCCGACUCCCUGCUCAGAUAUACUCACUCCUGAAUAUAAAAUAGCAGGGAAAUGGUAUAGCUUUAGAAAAGGCAUGAUCCCGACCAGAGAGCCAAUUAUCGUUACUCCCAAAAGACCUUCUAAAUGGGAAGGUCUGGAUUUAGGGAAUAUAAUGGAUGCUGGCAUCUACACUUCUGAACAAAUAGAGAGAGUACGCCAUCAAAUCAUGUACUCUCAAGAACGAAGAGCUAUAAGCGAGAAAAUCACUGGAGCCCUAAACGGAGAUAGCGUUUCUCACAACAGGCUAAACUAUGGAAUAUUUAUUGACAAAGAAGAACUUAAGAGUCAAUUCACUCAAUGGUGGAUGGAAACUUGGGGCAUUUUCAAAACGUUUGAAAACAAUAUUGUGAUUACUCAAAAGUACCUGGAAAAAGGUCAUACCCAAAUGGAAUGUGAUUCCGUACACAGUGCAAUAGAGUGUAAAUUAAAAGUUAAAGAAAGUUACCUUUCACAACAAUACAUGGCUAUAACUAAAACAGCUAGAAGUGAUACUAUGCCUUAUGAAGCUCGUUAUUUGGACUAUACCCUUUUUAUCGACUUUUCGAAAGAAUUAAUUCAUAAAUCUAUACGGCCUGGUAAAAAGACAGCUGACCCAGUCGUCACAGAUGUACGUUUGCUAGAAUACAGACCUAAUGGCACAAUUUGGUAUAAAAUUGGUUUUGAUGACGAGCUUCAGCCGUUACCAUAUCGUCCCACGCCAAUUAACAGAAUUAAACAAAUGAAUCACCUGCCGAAAUUGUAUGCAGCUAGAAUACUAAUUACAAAGCGGAAGUAUGAAGAUUUGCAAGACCUAAAACGUGUAUUACCAUCUAGUUGCCAGUAUUUUUAUGAUGAUCUACCGCACAGUAAUCGCUAA